UUGUUGACGAGGAGUAGAUGUGGGAUGUGGAGUGCCCGUAUGCCCCUCCGGCGAUUCUCUUCGAGGCGGCGGGUCUUGUGGACGACCCUACCGUCCUCAUGGUGAAGGAUGAGGAAACUGGGCGUUGGUAUCGAGCUCCCCAUGUGCUCGAAGAUUUUUGUCACGAGAAGCUCCAAAAGGAUCUGAGCAUAGGUGCGGAGAAGGCUGCGGAAGUCGAGCACCUGCUUGCGACUCUGUAUCUCCUCUCUGCUGAGGAAUUGGCUGCCAAGAUAAGAGGGUACGGCAUCACAGCUCCAGGCACCAAAAAUGCUCUCUCCGAUCCCCAUCCGUGCACCUUGAUGGUUCAAGAUUCCAUAGUCCCAUCCGGUUACUUACUGGAGUAAGUACCACCACCAAUGGAUGUCACACCGCUGUUUUAGCUUUUAGUUUUACGCCUUUGGGAUUUACUGUAGUUUCUUCUUUAUUCUUUUG